GCGGCGGCGGCGGAGCACAGCGAGGCACCGGGGCCGCCGGCUGCAGGGGGGGGGUUCAUGCACCCCUCCCGCCGCGCCCGCUGCCGCAGAGCCCGCCAGCAGCGCGGCCGCCGCUCCGCCGGUUCCCGGGGAGCUCCGGAGGGACCUGGAGGGGGGGGGGGAAAUUUGUUUUUUAUAUAUAUAUAUAUUAUUAUUUCUCGGGGGUGGUUUGAAUUCUUUUUUUUUUUGGGGGGGGGGCAUCUUUUUUUCCCUCCCGCCGCCGAAGCUCUGGAGAGAAGAGAGGGAAGAACUUGACCGCCGCUCCGCUCCCCUCCCCUGAAUUUUUCAUUAUUCCCUUCUGUAUUUUUUGUUAAAUUCUAUUUUAUUAUUAUUCUUUUCUUUAUUAUUAUAUUUUAUUUUUUAUUAUUAUUAUUUUUCCCCCUGUAUUUUUGAGCCGCCGCCGUGUGCCGGCGGGGCUGACUUCUCCUUCGCUCGUCUCCAUCCCCCGGCGGAGGUUAUGAUGGUGCAUUGUGCGGGCUGCGAGAGGCCGAUUUUGGACCGGUUCCUGCUAAACGUCUUGGACAGGGCAUGGCACAUCAAAUGCGUCCAGUGCUGCGAGUGCAAGUGCAACCUGACCGAGAAAUGCUUCUCCAGGGAAGGCAAACUCUACUGCAAAAAUGACUUUUUCAGGAGGUUUGGUACCAAAUGCGCCGGCUGUUCCCAAGGCAUCUCCCCCAGCGACCUCGUCCGGAAAGCUCGGAACAAAGUCUUUCACCUGAACUGUUUCACCUGCAUGGUCUGCAACAAACAGCUCUCCACGGGCGAGGAACUCUAUAUCAUAGACGAAAACAAAUUUGUUUGCAAAGAGGAUUAUUUGAACUCUCCCAGUUUGAAGGAAAGCAGCCUCAACUCAGUGUCCUCAUGUACAGACAGGAGUUUGUCCCCGGAUCUCCAGGACCCCAUGCAGGACGACACCAAGGAGACGGACAACUCGACCUCCUCGGACAAGGAGACCACCAACAACGAGAACGAGGAGCAGAACUCGGGCACCAAGCGGAGGGGGCCCCGCACCACCAUUAAAGCCAAGCAGCUGGAGACCCUCAAAGCUGCCUUCGCCGCCACUCCCAAACCCACCCGCCACAUCCGAGAGCAGCUGGCCCAGGAGACCGGCCUCAACAUGAGAGUCAUCCAGGUCUGGUUCCAGAACCGGCGAUCCAAGGAGCGGCGGAUGAAGCAGCUGAGCGCGCUGGGUGCUCGCCGACACGCCUUCUUCCGCAGCCCACGCAGGAUGCGGCCCCUCGGCGGCCGCCUCGACGAGUCCGAGAUGCUCGGCUCGACGCCCUACACGUACUACGGAGAUUACCAAGGUGACUACUAUGGACCGGGAGGCAACUAUGACUUUUUCCCCCAUGGGCCGCCCUCCCAAGCCCAGUCCCCGGCCGACUCCAGCUACCUUCAGAACUCAGGACCUGGCUCCACACCCCUGGGACCCUUGGAGCCCCCCCUAAGCGGACACCACUCCUCAGAAAACCAAAGGUACACGGAUAUGAUCUCGCAUCCCGACACCCCCAGCCCCGAGCCGGGGAUGACCGGGUCGCUGCACCCCAUUCCGGGGGAGGUCUUCAGCGGGGGGCCCAGCCCGCCCUUCUCCAUGUCCAGCAAUAGCGGCUACAGCGGGGCUCUCUCGCACCCCAACCCGGAGCUCAGCGAGGCGGCGGUGUGGUAGGCCUGGCACGGGCACGCGUGCGCCUGUGGAGGGGGAAAACACCCCCGCGUUCCCGCAGCCCACGCGUGUCCCCCCCCAGCCCCGGACCAGGGCACAUCACAUCACCAUCGCCAGAUAAAGACCCCCCUCUGAUGCCAAAACACACCCCUGCAUCCCCCCUGCCCCGCCCUCCCCAUCACUGCAGAGCCCCCCUGGGACCUUGGGGCCACCCUGCUACCUCCCCGCCCCCCAGCAUCUACCCCCCAACACCGGGGGGGGAGGAGGGGGGGAGAGCGGGACAAUGAAUGGUGCCCAGCCCCGAAGAACCCCCCCGCCAGCAGCGGGACCACCGCCUCUCGGACCAAAGCUGAACUCACCUGGACGCAGGCCCCCUCGGCUGGGGCAGGGCUCCCCCAUGCUAAUUAGCAUCCUUUUUAAUUAUCCCUUACCACAACGUGGCAGGGAAGAGGAGGGGGAAUAGCCCCCACCAGCCCCUCCCCUGCCCUUGUUUUUGUUGUUCCCAUUUUAUUCCCAAGGAGAAGGUGGGUUUGGACCCGGUUUUUGGUGAUGGGUAGUGGGGGGGGGCAGCGGGGGGCCGGGCCCAGGGCUACCCCAGUGACUGGCUGAGACUGGGCUCCCACAUGGCAGAAAAGACACCAGAAAGAGGCAGAAAGAGGAAAAAAUACACCACCACCACUAUAAACAAAAUAAUAAGAGAAAAAUCCCCACCCAGAACAAAACCAAACCAACCACCACAACAGCAGAAAUCAAACCCGAGGCUCAUCGCCGAGUCCCACCCCAAUGUUUCCCGGAGGCUCCGCCAAUUUAAGGAUGUAUUAUAGUUUUUGCUUCUAGUUUCUUUAUUUUGUAUAAAGGAGAAACAAAUAAAGUAUGUUUUUGUGUUUACUGAUUAUUUAUUGUACUUUAGUCAUCGGAGGCUCCGAAUUUUUCUAUU